UAGUGUCACAUGCGUUCGGCUGUGUUUAUGAUUUCACGUCAAAAUGGCUGCCGCGUAAAGUCCAGUUUACCGAGGACGCUUCAAAAAACGGAGGGAAACAACCCGGAAGUGUCUGAGCAGCCGCCACAUUAAGAUCUGUUUGGAUUCUCUACAGGAUAAAGAAGGACGACACACAAAAUGUCGGACCGGCGGGUGACCUACCUGCUGCAGCCGGUUAUGCUCCGUCCUCGUCGGCGUGGGACUCGGGCGGAGACAGGUGAGGGUCCAGCGGUCAGGUGGUCCCAGGUGGUCCCAGGAAACACGUGACGCACUUUGAAAAGUGUUCGUCGCUAAAUGUCCACCUGACCUCAUCGUCACCAUGACACAGACACAUUUUGACCUCGGACCCUGCAGUAACGCAGCGGAGAGGCGACGGGACAAAGGUCACGAGCCAAUCACACGUGGCUUGCCUGUAGAGGAUGUAGGAGAUCGGACAGCAAGGUGGAGCUUUCUCAUUAAGAACCAUGUCAUCUCCAGAGGUGUGCUGGCCUGUGCCGAUGCGAGCCAUUGGGGCUCAGAACCUCCUCACCAUGCCCGGGGGAGUUUCCACAGCAGGGUACCUCCACAAGAAGGGGGGCAGUCAGUUCAGCCUCAUGAAAUGGCCUCUGAGAUACAUCAUCAUCCACAAGGGCUGUGUGUACUACUUUAAGAGCAGUACUUCUGCAGCACCACAGGGGGCGUUCUCUCUCAAUGGCUACAACAGAGUGAUGAGAGCAGCAGAGGAGACGACGUCCAACAAUGUUUUUCCUUUUAAGAUCGUCCACUUCAGCAAGAAACACAGGACGUGGUUUUUUUCUGCCGCCAGCGAGGACGAGAGGAGGAAAUGGAUGCGACACCUGCGGAGGGAGAUCGAUCACUACAAUGACCGGAAAGAAUCCCUAAUUCCCAGCGACUCUGACUCAGAUGCUGACAGUUUCUACGGCAGCAUCGAGCGGCCCAUGGACAUCAAACACCACAACAGUAACGCAGACGAUGAUUACGUCGAGGAGGAUGAUGAUGAUGAUGAUGAGGAAGACUAUCUGAAGCCCGACGCCAACUAUUCGCCGCCACAUACAGGUCGACCGACGGGGCCACCCCCCUCCUACCCUCCCCCUCCGGUGCCGCCAGUGUUCCAGCUUCGUCAAGACUCUGGUCCAAGUUUCCACAAAGGCCCACCUCCUCCCGUCCCAUCACAGCACAGAACCUCGAUCUCCCCACUCCCCAAAAGACCUCCGCCCGCUUUCCCACCUCCCUUCAGACUGAAGGACCCAAACAAAGGCCCCCCUCCUUCCCCUCUCCCCUUAAUGUCCCACCUGAGCAUGCCCUUGUCUUCAGACUCUCCUCCUCCUCCUCCUCCGCCCAAUCCAAAGAGAACUCCUCCUCUGAACAAGGCGCCAUACACAGGUGUGCCAGGGAACAGCAAGAUUGACUGGAGGCCAAUUUCAAACCAAUUUGCCUCCACUCUGCCCAUCUGUGAGGAAUUAGACAAAAGGAUGGUGCUAAAUGGUCCCGCCCACUGCUCCGUGAAUGUUGGAGGGAGCCAGUCGCUGGGAAACAGCCACCUCCACAGCAGGCCCACUCUGCUGCCCCAUAAGUCCCCAAAUCCUGGAAGGUCCACCACCAGACCUGGGACAUCAGAAUCCCUGUCCCCCAAUCAGAUGUCCCCCUGUCUCCCACCACUCCCUGACCACCCUCCGAUCUCUCUUCUGCUCAAACCUGGACUACACAAUAAGCCGGGGGUGAGCCAACCUCCUCCACCAGCCGUCAAACCCCCAACACCUGCAGCCAAGCCCAAGCAACCAGGAACCGCUCUUCAAAGAGCAUCACCAGAGGGCCAGAGCUUCCGCUCGUCAGGGGACGAGGUGCCGUUGGAGUUCAGGAGGGAACGAGAUCCGGUCAAAGGCAGAGACGACUCGGAUGACGACUACGAGAAUGUGCAGCUGCCGGACUCCGUGUUCAUCGACACAACUGAAACCAGCUUCGUAGAAAAGUUAUUCAGAGAGGGUCUCGAGCCCCCAGAGGACGGAUUGUACGGCAUCAGAAACUCUGGAACCAAAACCUCCCAGGUGUUGGUGGUGUGGGAUGUCAGUUUAGCCAAAGCCAGAAACUACCGACUGUUUGUGGACAAUGACCAAAUGUUUCUGGAUGGUGAAGUGACCUUCCCCUCCCUGUCAGCUCUGAUCGAACACUACCACAACCAUCCUCUUCCUCACCACGGCUCGCUCUGCCUGCAGAAGCCUUUCAUGAGACUUUGAGCGUCGGAUCCACACACAGUCAGCAGAGCUCAGACCUCCGUGAUGGCAUGAAUUGACAUGCAAACAAACAAACAAAUGAAUGGGUGAAACCAUAAAGUCCCAACAACUGAAACCGGAGCAGGAGAACCACUCACGAGUGGUGAGGUCCAAUCCAAGAGCGAGUCAGAUGGACGUGGAGUGUUUUGUCCACAGAGGGGCGCUGUGACACAAUACCACACAGUUGACUCCUGGAAUCUGUCUGAUCGCAAAACCCACAGCUGCAGAUUUUAGUUCAUCAGAAUCCGUUCAGCAUUUUUUAUUUAAACGUUGUAAAAUAGACAUUUUGAAAGUAUAACUCAUGCCUCGUUAUAAUAUUACUGGUGCCACAUGUUUGGAAACAGCUUUUCCAGUUUGUGCCGCACUGACUUUAAUACUGCACAUGACUAUAUGUAAAUGCUUUAUCUACUGUAAAAUAAAUGUGUCUAUAAAAAUGUAAAUACAACAUUUUCUACAGACGUGUAAUAUGUUGAGAAUUUAUAAAGGA